AUGCCUGUCGUCAAGGGUGGCGUCUGGACGAACAUUGAGGAUGAAGUCCUCAAGGCUGCCGUGUCCAAGUACGGGUUGAACCAGUGGGCACGCGUCUCGUCGCUGCUUGCCAGGAAGACGCCCAAGCAGUGCAAGGCAAGAUGGCAAGAAUGGCUCGACCCCAGCAUCAAGAAGGUCGAGUUCACGAAAGAGGAGGACGAGAAGCUGCUGCACCUGGCCAAGUUGAUGCCCACACAGUGGCGGACCAUCGCCCCGAUCGUCGGCCGAACCGCCAAUCAAUGUAUCGAGCGGUACCAGAAGCUUCUGGACGAGGCAGAACAGCGAGAGGCUUCCGAGCUUGGGAUGACUGGAGGCGACGAGGCAUCUGCACCCACAGCUGAUGACGUGCGACGACUGCGACCGGGCGAGGUGGACCCCGACCCGGAGACGAAGCCCGCCCGGCCGGAUACCAUUGAUCUCGACGAGGACGAGAAAGAGAUGCUCAGCGAGGCCCGUGCCCGUCUCGCCAAUACACAGGGAAAGAAGGCUAAGCGCAAGGCGCGCGAGCGACAGCAAGAGGAGUCGAGACGGCUGGCAGCUCUGCAGAAGCGGCGCGAGCUGAAGACCGCAGGCAUCAACAUCACAGUGACGACGCGAAAGAAGGGCCAGAUGGACUACAAUGCAGAUAUUCCCUUCGAGAAGAAAGCUGCUCCCGGUUUCUACGACACAACUGAGGAGCUCACACUGAACGAGAGGCAGCGGGCCAACUUCGACCCCAGGAAACAACAACUGGCACAGGCAAAGCGGAAACAGGACGAGGAGGAUGAGGCAGGACGAAAGAGACGCAAGGCUGAUAAAGACGCGCCGUCUGCAUCGUACCGAGAGGCUCUGAAGGCCGGCCAGAUGCAACGCAUCAGGGAGGCCGAGCAGAGCAGUAAGCGACGUGCGCUGGCUCUUCCGGCGCCACAGGUCGGCGAGGGCGAGCUCGAGGAGAUUGUGAAGAUGGGCAUGAUCGGGGAGAGGGCGAACACGAUGGCACAAAACGGCGACAAUGACGCAACACGCGGCCUUGUCAACUCCUAUACGGCAUUGAACAGUGGUGCGCCAAUUCGGACGCCAAGAGCACCUGCUUCUGAGGAUCAUAUUGCAAAUGAGAUCAAGAACAUCCGAGCCCUGACAGAGACACAAUCGUCACUGCUUGGUGGGGAGAACACGCCACUUCACGAGGGAGCCGGCUCGACGGGAUUUGAGUCUGCUGCUCCGAGAAAGCAGGAUAUCUUUACCCCGAACCCCAUGGCCACGCCGUUGCGACAAGGUGUGAACGGCGUAGGCGCGACCACCCUACGGCCCGGGCAGACUCCCAUGCGGACGCCACGUGACAACUUUGCAUUGAAUGCCCAAGGCAGCGAGUUGGUCAUGAGACAGCAGCUCAAGCGAGGCCUGGCCUCCUUGCCCAAGCCCAAACAACAAUCGUGGGAGCUCGAACUUCCAGAUGAGCAGGAAGACAUCGCAGCCACAUCGAGUCGGCUACCCGAGGAUGCCUCGGAGCGGGAUCGAAGGGAACGUGAGCUUCAGGCGGCGCAGGAGCUGCUCGAGAGGAAGCGGCGGACACAGGUCAUGCAACGGGAUCUUCCUCGACCGGUCUCUGUUGAUUACACGGUGCUGCAACGGAUGGCAGACGACCUGGAAGACCCAGCCGAGAAAGCCAUUGCGCAGGAGGCGGCGUUGCUUAUUGUGUAUGAUUCGUUGAAAUAUCCUCUGGCCGCCAAAAAACCGUCUGCCCAGCAGCCGACCUUGGAUCAAAUCGAUGAUGAUGCACUGGCAGAGGCACGAAGGCAGAUCUUGGUAGAAGCCAAGGGCAGCCUGGCGCCGGAGGAAGUCGAGGCUGCGUGGGCCAAGUCGAACAACAACUCAUUGUUGCUGGGCCUUGGCUGCUACGACGAUGACGAGGAAGAUCAGCUCAACACCAUGAAGGCAGCCUUGGACGAGGUGCUGGACACCAUGAUCAGUUCCGCCGAAAAGGGGGCGAAGAUGGAGAAAAAGUUGAACCUCCAUCUGGGUGGUUACAAGCAGCGCGCAGAUAUGUUGCGAAAGAAGAUUGGCGACUCUGCUGGCGAGCUGGAGAAGGCUACCAACGCGUUGAAUGCCUUCAGGAUUCUGGCCAAUUCGGAGGAGAUUGCCGUCAGAAACAGGCUGGCUAGCCUGCACGAGGAGGUUGGCUUCAUCAGUAAGAGGGAGAGAGAAGCGCAGGAGCUUUACAGGCAGAACAAGGAGGAGCUUGAUGCCCUCACGACCGCGGCCACAAACGGACAUCACUGA